AUGCUGGUUACGUUACAACAAUGUGCAGAGAGCCGCUCGUCGUGCGGCGCGAGCAGCGGCUCGGAGGGCUCGGAGGGGCGCGCGUCGUGGCGCGUGACCCUCGACCACGACCUGGUGGAGACGCUGAGCGCCAUCUACCCGGAGUGGUUCAAGCCGCAGCCGCGUCGCGAGCGCAGCCGGCCCGCCUCGCCGGCCUCGCCCGCCUCGCCCGUCUCUCCGCCGCCCUCCGACGACACCUUCAGUUCGGGCGCGGAGGAGAUGGCCGGGCGGCAGGCGAGCAUCAGUGGCGCCAGCGAGCCGGCAAGCUCGCCGCCGCGCGUCUCGCCCCCUAAGGUGGUCGUGGACGACAGCCCCCUCCAACCGGCCAUGGGGAAACACAAGGAGUCGUUGAAAGUGAAGCUGACGAUGCGGCGUCCACUCAAUCAGCUGGUAGCACAGGGUAUAAUGCCGCCGUUAAACACGCCAGCUGCGUAUUUUGAACAAUGCAAGCAACUGGAACGGGCAAAGACUGGAGAUUUGCUAAAAGCAAAAAUACAGCGACGGCCUGAUCGCCAGGAGCUUGAGCGGCGACAUAUUUUAGAACAAGAGAGUCAUGUGGAUCCCAGUUUGGCGGAGAAACAACGAAUGUUGAAGAAGGCACGGUUGGCCGAUCAGUUGAACGACCAAUUAUCUCACAGGCCGGGACCACUCGAGCUCAUCAAAAAAAACAUAUUACAUACUGAAGAGAAUAUAGAAACUGCUGUUAAGAGCGGUACCUUAGCAUUCAAAGCGACAAGCGAAGGCUCCUCGGGGCGACCCCAGCAUCCUUCGUCGUACUGUGGGCCCCCCGAAGAAGUGUCGCCGUCGCCCUCCCCGCCCUCCACCUUGUCGCCGGUCAGCGUCGCCUCGCCGCCCCAACACCCCGCGCCGGGGAAGGACAAAAAUCGAAAGAAGAACAAACAGAAGCAGCAGCAGAAGUCCCGCUUGAAGUUCCACGAGUACAAGGGCCCGCCGAACGCCCAAAAGGCGUCCUCGCCCCCCGGCUCCGUGGAGACGCCGUACGAGCUCCUGCUGCAGCAGCAGCAGCUGCUCCUGCAGCUGAGCUGCCCGCUGCUGCUGCCCGCCUCGCCGGCGCCCUCCUCCGCCGCCUCCGUCGCCUCGGACUCGUCGGACGCGUUCCCCGCGCCGCCGCCGCCGCCGCCCCCGCCCGCCCCCUGCGCGCCCCUCGCCGCCGCGCGCUUCGAGGACAUGAAGGUGUCGGACCUGAGGGCCGAGUGCAAGCGCCGCAACCUGCGCGUCUCCGGCCCCAAGCCGCAGCUCAUCGACCGCCUGCGGCCCUACCUCGCGGAGAUGCACGAGGAGGUGCCCAAGUCGCCCGUCUCCAUCGCCUCGCCCGAAAUGCGCGACCCCGACCCACCGGAGGACAUCGUCCAGUCGCAGAGGCGCCAGAUAGAGGAGCUUGAGAGAAAAUUGGAGGCGUCCCGUCAGCAGCUCGAGGCGGUGCGCAGGGAGGCGGCGGGCGCGGCCGCCAGCGACCAGAGCCGGCGGCUGCUGCAGGCGCACCUGUGCGUGACGCAGCUGCGCGCGCAGCUGGACGCGCUGCAGCACGCGCCCGCGCCCGCGCCGCGCUACCUGCUCGCCGACACGGCGCCCGAGCGGCUCGUGCGGCUCUUCACCGUCACGCCGCCGGCCGCCGCGCCCGAGGCCGCCGCCGACGCACAACCGAAGACCGCCAACCCCGCCUACAUACUCAACGGCGUCAAAGUCGUCCCGAUAGCGAUACUGCCCACGCACUUCGAACCGGAGCGCGCACCCCCACCCCCGCCCCCUCCGCCGAUGCCUCAGGCGCCACUGUCCAUCCAAGAUAGCGAAGAUAGCCGCAUCAUGGACGACGUGCUGGAGAUUCUGGUCGAAAACGGUGAAUUGCCCCCGUCCGCGGUCGAGGACGUCGCAGUGGACCGCACGAUUGAUGCCGGCUACUUGACCAGCGGCUCGAACGAGUUCUCCCCAGCGGAUGUUUUAAGCGACGAUAUGCUAGGCGACACGCACGUGCGCGACUCGCUCGCCGCCGACGAACUUCAACGGGAGCUUAACGACAUACAAAACGAGAUCAUGAACCACGCCGAUAUGCACGCGGUGAGCGACUCGAGCCGAUGCGACAUAGACGCCACGGCGGCGGACAUCGACGCGGAGCUGAGCGUAGACCUGCUCGGCGGCAACGGCUUCCACUCUGACUUCGGCGCGACGGGCCAGAGCUCCGACGGCCACGACGACUUCUUCGGUAGGCUGCUGUCGGGCGACUGCGACGAUAAGCCGCAGAUGGCCAUGGACAUCGUGGACGACGUGCCCGAGCGGAUGAGCAUGACCCCGCUGACCAACGGCGACAUCCUGGAGCACGACCGCACCGGCUUCGAGGACAUGGACGACCUGUCGCUGCCCUCGUUCCAGAACGAGGAGUCGCGCCACGGCGGCUACGAGGAGCGCGCGUGCGAGUUCGACCUGAAGGACUUCGAGGGGCUCGGCGCCCACGUGGGUAUGGACGGCGACGGCUACGACAUGGACACGGAGCUGAUCCCGAACCUGUUCGGGCGCGGGCACGUGCCGCAGUGCGACCCGCUGCUGGGCGGCGUGCUGCCGCGGCCGCCGCCCCGCCCCGCGCGCAAGCACUACUCCUGGGACCGCAUAGAGUUCGACGCCACU